CUUGUGGCAGUCACCAUCGGCACACACAAAGUCAAGUCUCUUGGUUGCAUGAUCACAAUGCCCUCUCUCGCCAUCGAACCCACCUUCCUCGACUUUGAGUUCCCUCUAGACCCUCCCACCACCAUGCUCCCCGCCGACCAGCUCUUCUCCGACGGCAAACUCCUUCCUCUCCACCCCCUAACUUCCACAAUCACAACCUCCAAAUCCCCCUCUUCCUCCGCCGUUAACGCCACCGCCGCCGCCGCCGCCACCACCGCCACCAUCGCUGACCCUUGCCUCUUCUCCCCCAAAGCCCCACGCUGCUCCUCCCGCUGGAAAGACCUCCUCGGCCUCAAAAAAUUCUACCAAGCCACUAACAACGCCAAAGCCGCCCCACCCUCUUCGGCCAAAUCCCUAAAAAAUCUCCUCCACCGCAAAACGACGUCGCCUUCACUCUCCUCGGAAAACGCGCCGCUGCUAGCUUCAAAUUCCUCCGACGCUGAAUCCCUCUCCAUCACCUCGUCGCGCCUCUCUCUUUCCUCAUCCUCCUCCGGCCACGACCACGACGACCUCCCCCGCCUCUCCCUCGAUUCCGAAAAACCUAACCCUAACCCUAACCAGAUCUCGCUCCACCGCAACCCUAACCCUAGAAUCCGCCUCGUCAGAAACCGCACAAACUCAUUUGACGCUCACAAGCCCUCAUCGGACCAACAUUAUUCCCGCCCGGGGAGGAGUUCGAUCCGGCGGGAAUCGGAGACGGUGACAUGCAGGGGAGUUUCUGUGGACAGCCCUAGAAUGAACUCUUCGGGGAAAAUAGUGUUCCAGAGCCUAGAGCGAAGCUCGAGUAGCCCCAGCACGUUCAACGGUGGUCCCCGCUUCAAGCACCGCGGAAUGGAACGCUCUUAUUCCGCCAACGUUAGGGUUACGCCGGUCCUCAACGUCCCCGUUUGCUCCCUCCGCGGCUCGUCGAAAUCGGGUUCGGUUUUCGGGUUCGGGCAACUCUUCUCCUCGCCGCAGAUAACAACAACGGGUAAAGGGCACCACCAAAGUGGUAGGAGUAAUCGGAAUUGACGUAAAUACCCUUCUAUAAAGAAACAAACCAAAAAAGGGAAGAGGACGUUGUUAUUGAUUGAGGGGUUUGGUUGGCUGAUUUAUUUUGAUUUUGUUAAGGUUUUUUUUUUCCUUCACUUUUUAGGUUACUUAAUGUAAAUAGAUGCUGUUGUUUGAUGAUAAAUCGAUAAAGAUCUAGUUACUGUUUC